AUACGAGACAGAGAUCUACUAACAAUCUACUUGGGCGGGGAUGCUGUGGCGCAUAUGACCGCAAAGCAGCGGGAGGAGAUUUCCAGUUCGUCGGAUCAAAUCCUGUUCAGAGGAACACGAGGGGUGACCUUUCGGUCAGCGUUGGAGAGCAUACGCGUCGGCCUAUACGAUACAUACACACCUUUUCAGAAAUUGAACUGGUGGCACCAUCACGCACGGCACGAUCGGAGGACUUGGGAUGCGUGGGCUGGCGCGGUUGUCGCUACAGACGUGAAGCUCAACCAACGAGCGUCGGGCGAAGUCCCCGACCCCCUUGCUAUAUCUGACCUCGACAUCUGCGCGACACAUCUUGCAGACUAUAGCUCAUUGGAACAGUACACGCAAAUGGACAAUAGGCUUUCCAUCGCCUUUGGGAUGUCAAUUCCAUUCGCAAUGCUGGCUCGCCGGACGGGGCUCCGGAUGCUGUAUCUCCCUAUGAACGGCUUGCAGAGGGUCCUACUUGCCGCAAUCUUGUAUCAAUCAUUCGUUGUCCUUCACUCCCGAUUCGAGAAUAUCAAGAAGAUCAAGGACAAAGGGAGAUACGCCGCCAUCGUGACGGCCAUGUUCCACAAUUCCAGCUUCGACAAGGCAAUUGAAGAGCAUCGGAGGAUCGUUCCGCCUGAGCUAGACUCGUUGUUCCGCGAUGACUGAAGAAUGCGAUAA